UCUCUCAAUUAUUAUUAUUCAUUCAUUCAUUCCCAUUUCAUUUCCCUCGUUACCUAAAUACUAAAAUUAUUCAUUUUUAUUUAUUUAUUAUUACCAUUACCACUCUUUUCUCUGUUUCAUAGCUUCUGUUCUCAGUAGUCACUGAUUUGUGCGUAGUUGAAGAGAGAGAGAGAAAAAUGGUUGAUUCCGGUGACCGUUUUCCUAUCGGAAUGCGUGUUCUCGCCGUUGACGACGAUCCAACUUGUCUCUUGGUUUUGGAAACUCUUCUCCGAAGAUGUCAAUACCACGUAACCACAACUAGUCAAGCAAUAACGGCGUUGACCAUGUUGAGAGAAAACAAAGACAAGUUUGACCUGGUAAUCAGUGAUGUACACAUGCCGGACAUGGAUGGAUUUAAGCUGCUUGAACUUGUGGGACUUGAAAUGGACCUUCCCGUCAUAAUGUUGUCUGCAUAUGGUGAUACAAAGCUGGUGAUGAAAGGAAUUUCCCAUGGUGCCUGUGAUUAUCUGCUGAAACCUGUGAGAUUAGAGGAGCUAAAGAACAUUUGGCAGCAUGUAAUUAGGAAGAAGAAGUCUGAUCCAAAGGAGAAAAACAAAACCAGUAAACCAGACAAAACUACUUCUGACAGUGGCAGUGGACUAAGAUCUGCAGGAGCAGAAAAUUCAGAUGAAAAUGGAAAGCUGACUAAGAAAAGAAAGGAUCAGGAUGAAGACGAAGACGAGGAUAAAGAGAAUGGUAAUGACAAUGAGGACCCAUCAGCUCAGAAGAAGCCUCGGGUUGUUUGGUCUGUGGAGCUGCACCGCAAGUUUGUUGCUGCUGUUAAUCAGUUAGGCAUUGACAAGGCUGUACCCAAAAAAAUUCUUGAUAUGAUGAAUGUCGAAAAUAUUACAAGGGAGAACGUGGCAAGCCAUCUCCAGAAGUAUAGACUUUAUCUGAAAAGAAUUAGCUGUGUUGCAAACCAACAAGCUAGUAUGGUGGCAGCCUUAGGGAGUGCAGAUCAAUCUUAUUUGAGAAUGGGUGGUUCUGGACAUUUUCACAAUAAUGCUUUCAGAUCCUUUUCACCUAGUGGGAUAAUUGGUAAUCUGAACACUCCAACUAGUCUUAACGGGCAUGGAUUUUCUCCUUCGGGACUACUUCAGUUGGGCCAAUCACGUAAUUUAAACAAUUCUUGCAAUGAUCAACUUAAAUUCCAGUCAGCCAUAACUCCCGUUAAUCAGAAUAUUCUUCAGGGAAUGCCAAUGUCCAUAGGGUUUGAUCACUUGCAAAACAGCAAGGGUGUUAUCUCUGUUCAAAACCUGAAUACUGAUGUGAAAACAACUUUUCCCAUUCCAAAUAAAUUCCCGGAUCAAAGGCCAAGUUUUGCCACCUCUAGUUCUCAUCCCCCAAGUCUCGGUAUCUCAAACAAUGGCUUGAUGUUGGAUACACACCCUGAAAGAAAACACGGUGGUAUAGGAAUAGGAUAUGGAAGUUCAUCUUCUUCAGUAGCCUCUCAACAUUCAGAAUUUUCUUUCUCUAUGCUGGAUCAAGGUAGGCACGGUGGUAAUUGGUCAAGCGACGUGCCAAUAUCUGGAAUCCAAACAAAUUCUUUCUCUUCAAGUGAAUGUUUUAGACAGACAGCUGUUCCUCCUUCAGAUAACAUGGCUUCUUUGCCCUUGCAAGCAGGGUAUUCUGGUGGUUCGUUGCCAGAUAUGCACUCCCAAGGAAUGAUUUUUACUAAUUCACCUGAGUAUAUAAACGGUAAUUUGCCAUUUCAAGGAUGGGAAGACCGUAAUCAGGAUGCUACUUACCACUCAAAUGUUACUUGUGGGUCAAUGAACUCUCUUGCUCCAGUUAACGGUGCCGUUGUUCCACCAGGCCAGACAGCAACUGAAUCCACCUUGGAUACUAAAUUUUUUAAUCCCAUACAAAUGAAGCAUGCUGGAUUUGCUGAGUUAACUGAAUGCAGCUCAUCAAGACAAUCUCCAGCUAAUAUCAUAAGCCAGCAGAAGUUUUCUAAUAAUCUUGGUUCGCUGGAAUACUUGGCGAGUUCAAUGAUGGGACAGGAGCAAGAUAAGAUGAAAUUGUUGGGUGGAGACUUCAUAUGCGAUAAUUACUCCGACGGGGUAUCUUUGUGACAGGAGUUUUGGAACUACAUUCAGCAUCAUGUUGUCCUCGUUGAUGAAUUCUAGAUUGAUAAUUCCUCCUCUCAUGUACACAUGCUAUUUAACCAGUUUUGUCCUAGGAGUUUUCUUUGUGGGAUUUAGCUUCUCCUUUUCUUUUUCCAGAGUCAAGUUCUCUAGAAUUCUCAAUUGUGUGCUUUAAAAUAAGAAGUUAAUGAGAAAUAUAAAGUGUAUCAUUAAAUUUCUCAUUAGUUUAAUGUUUAAGAAAUGGAUCUUGAUAAAUUACUCCCUCCGUCCCUAAAUAGAUGACCUCUUUGACAAUA